AUGUCUGGGGCAGCCUACUGUUCCAGGGGGAAACUUAGUCAAAGUGGAAGGCUUCAUGAGCAGGAUCUCGAGAUUCUCAAAGAAAACCUCAAGCCAUCAGCUGAGAGUCUGGACCUGGGGGAGUGUGAGCUGAAAGGCCAUGAGCUCAUUCACACUGGAGCGAAACCGUAUAGCUGUGAUCAGUGUGGGAAAAAAUUUGCUCGAAAGGCGGACUUAAAGAUCCACCAACAAACUCACAUGGGAGAGAAACCAUACAGCUGUGAGAUGUGUGGGAAAGCUUUUAGACGAACAACUGCAUUGAAGAAUCAUAUACGCACUCACACCGGAGAGAAACCAUAUAAAUGUGAGGACUGUGGUAAAAGUUUCAGUCACGUGGGUUCUUUCAAGCUCAAUGAGCGGAUGCACACUGGAGAGAAACCAUAUAAAUGUGAGGACUGUGGUAAAAGUUGCAGUCAGGCAGGUUACUUGAAGAUUCACAGAAACAUCCACACCAGAGAAUUACUCUACCCUUGUCAGGAUUGUGGUAAAGUCUUUGAAAAUCAAAGUGGUUUAAAGUAUCAUGAGCGUGUUCACGCUGGAGAGAAACCGUACAAGUGCAGAUACUGUGAAAAGAAGUUCACAGUAUCAUCAACAUGGGUAACCCAUGAACGCACCCACACUGGAGAGAAACCAUACAGCUGUGAGCAAUGUGGGAAAACCUUCAGGCAAAAAAAACACUUAACAUGCCACCAGCAGAUCCACACUGGAGAGAAACCACACAAAUGUAGACACUGUGAGAAAACCUUCAGAAGUCAAGGGGAAUGUGUCGCACAUGAAGUCGUCCACACCGGUCUGAAACCAUACGUCUGUGGGGAGUGUGGGAAGAGUUUUAGGAGUUCAUCUUCACUUCACAAACAUGAACUCACCCAUGUUGGAGUCAGAGAGUACCAGCAUGAGCCUGGUAACAAAAGGUUUGCUUCAGCUCACAGUCUUAAGGAGCAUCAGCGUGUCCACACCGGACACAGGCCGUACUGGUGUGUUGGUUGUGAGAAAAGCUUCACAUGGAGCUCUGGACUGAAAACACACAAAUGUGUCAAAAAAGAGAGUUAA